AUGAAACGUGAAUGCGAUUACGAGAAUGAAAUUACACCAAAAGCAAAAAGAAUUGCCGUAUUGGUUAAGGAGGACAAUCCAAACGAAGACAACAAUGCCAUCUUUCACGUUUGGGGACUUCCUUUAACGCUACAGAGCGAUAACGGUCCACCGUUUCAAGGACACGAGUUUAUCAGCUAUUGGGAAUCCAAAGGUGUCAAAGUCUAUAAGUCGAUCCCUCUGCACCCACAAUCGAAUGGUUUAGUCGAAAGACAAAACCAAGGGAUAAUAAAGGUCCUCGCUGGAGCAAAAGAAAGCGGAUAUGAUUGGAGAAAAGCCUUGCAGGAAUAUGUACACGUCCACAACACCGUGAAACCUCAUGCACGAUUAGGAGUAACACCCUUUGAGCUUCUCGUCGGCUGGAAAUAUCGUGGCACAUUUCCAAGUUUGUGGGACGCGAAAGAUUGCGGAGACUUGGACAGAUCAGAUGUUCGAGAUACUGAUGACGUGGCUAAAUUAAUAAGUAAGCAGUAUGCAGAUCAGCAUAGAGGAGCAAAAUGCAGUGACAUUGUAGUCGGGGAUAAAGUCAUCGUUUCGAUUCCAAAGAAAAGCAAAAUAGACCCAACGUUCUCUUCGGAAACAUUUACCGUUCUAAAGCGUCAUGGAGCCAAAGUAGUUAUCAGAAACGAAGACGGUGUACAGUACGCACGUAACAUUCAGGACGUUAAAAAGGUUUCUGGAUUAAUUGAAUUAUUGAAGGAUUCUGACGAAAAUGUUGUAGAGCCCAUCACUGAUUUCGAUUCGUUGCCAACUGUGCCUUUGGAUGAACCAAACGAUCAUUCGAUAGAUGUAUCCAACGCCUGUCCAAAGAGACCAAAGAGAGAUAUUCGCAAACCAGCUAGGUUUAAUGAUAACUUUAUAUAUCACGUGUACCAAUAG